AUGGCCUGGCCCGCGCUGAAAAGCCUCCCAAAAGUAGAGGCAAAAGGAAAGCAGGAGCCGGACCUUAGCCCGGCGCAGGCGAAGCAGGAACCGGACCUGAGCCCGGCGCAGAAGCGUGCGGCCUUCUCGCGUGCCCGUACGGUCCUCAGCGGCCUCAGAGAAUUGAAUCUGGCAGCGAAAACUGACGGCAAUGACAAUUCCCCCAAGGAAGUGCCGAGCUCGAAGACGCUAGAUGAGCGACUUGAGCUCCAGCGAUGGAGGUCCGUGGAGGACAGCUACCUGAGGGCGAAGCGGAAUUGGAGGAAAGCUCGCGAGUUCGUGCUGGCCACCAAGCAGGUGAAGAAGCAGGGAGGUGUCAUGGAUAUCUGGCUGCAGGUGCAUCGUGAGAAUGCGGCACGUCGCUUGCAACAAGUUCUGGCAGAGCUGCUGCAGAGCGAAGAGCUCGCCAAGGCUUCGGCGAGUGAGGCCCUUGACAUGAUGGUCUCACUGAGGGACGAAGCAAAAGGCCAGCUGACGCAGCUACCAGACCAGCCGAAGACCAGCAGUUCUUUGGCGAAUGUUGGCAGCUUUACAGCGGAAGCUGCAGAUAUUCUGGACAAGUUCGUCGCCCUACAAUCGCAGCAGGAUGAGUGGCUGAAAGAGGUGGAGGCCAUCCAAGCCAGCCUAAAUGCCAGCCGGCGGCACUCGAUUCGUUUGGUCCAGAAGAUCGAUGAGAAGUCAAUGGCUGAUACGGUGAAGGCGAUCAGGGAGAUUGCGGCCAACAUUCCAGAGUCUGAUCCUGAGGACGAAGAGGAAGCUGCUCCGGAAGCGCCUGAGGAAGAGGCUCCAGAGACGGUCGAGGAGGCAGCAGGGCUUCCCAUCAAUGCAGACUACAAGGAACAUCGCGAGGCACUGAUCGAGAAGUGCGUGCAGAUUCAGCUCCUUCUGCGGAAAUGUCGACAGCUGCACCUGUCCAUGGGAACGCUGGGCCUCGAUCUCAAGGUGGGCGUUCGCAAGCUGCAACCCAACCUCCGGCCGAGGUGUCCACGUGGCCACCUCAUGACGGAGGCCACGGGAGCCAUGCCGGAGGAUGCGUCGUACCAGGGCCGAUGCUUCGAUUGCGGAACGCUGGCGGCCUCUCCCAGAGAUCUCACAGGCGUCGCCCCUGAGCAAGCAGCGCAGCAUGCUCCUACCCGCGAGGCCAUUGCGACGCAAAGCGUCAACGUCGCCGACUACGUUCGCCAGGACAGCGGGGAGUCAACGAGCUCCGAAGCCGGCAACGAAGCAGAGGAAGCCACCGUGCAUUGGGUAUGCGAUGCCUGCAACUACACCCUGAACCUUCCGUGCUGGCUGUGCAAACGAUGCAGCUUGAAGCAUGUGAAAGAGGAGUUGGAGCUUGUAGCGACGCGCCUGGAGGAGAACCUUGCUGACCAGCCACGGUUUCGAGCUGCUCAGCAAGCACUCGACUCGGUCGACAAGUCCAUCCUGCUUGAGGCCAAACAGCGGCUCGCUGCCCGGGCUCCGCGCUUCAACGCCCGGCGCAUGACCGAGAUGCGGCGACAUCGGCGCCGAAGCUCCGAGGGCACUGGUGCUUCGUUCUAUUCGCGCCGUGCAUCUUUGCCCAUGAAUCUCUUGGACCUGACCGGCUCCUUCCUUCCUCCGCCUGUCGCAAAAGCGGAGGACCCCGGGUUUCUUCGCUCCUCUUUGUAG